AUGGGCAUCCUGCGCCACGUCCGCUUCUUCGCGGAUCUUGCCAAGCGGACGCCCAAAAAAGAGCCCGUGGAGGGCGAGGCCGAGGCGCCGAAUCUGCUCGCGGAGGUCGCCAAGGUCGUCACCGUCGUCCACUGCGGCGGCAACGACCUCGUCUUCGCGCAGGGCGACGAGGGCCACUCGUUCUACGUCAUCUACUCGGGCGUCGUGUCCAUCACGCUCAACCACGAGGUCGACGACGGCGCGGGCGGCACGACUUCGACGGAGAUCGUCGUCAAGCGGCUCCAGGCCGGCGACGCCUUCGGCGAGGCCGCGCUCGCCGAGGGCGCGCGCCUGCGCGCGCACCUCCGGUCCGCGAACGCGCGCGCGAAGACGACGUGCGUGCUGCUGUCGCUGCCCAAGGACGACUACAACCGCAUCACGGCGGCGGCGACGGCGGAGGACCAGAUCAUCCGCGCGAAGCACCUCGCGGCCUGCCCCAUCUUCCUCACGCGCCUCGCGGACGUGAGCCGGCGCUGCGUCGUCAAGCUCUACGACGCGCACAGCGUCAUCAUCCGCGAGGACGACGUCGCGCCCGAGCUCUUCAUCAUCAAGAGCGGCGUCGUCAACCUCAACAAGUCCGUGCCCGAGAGCUUCUGCCGGCCGCGCGAGCCGCGGCGGCGGUCGCCGGGCCGCGUCGACGACGUGAGCUUCGAGGCCGAGCCGCCGGGCCUCUGGGUCGUCCAGCGCAACUGGAAGGACCUCGGCGACCACCACCUCUUCGAGCCCGGCGAGGGCACGGUCGAGAUGCUGGUGGCCGUGCUCGGCAGCGGCCAGGUCUUCGGCGAGCUCGCGGUGCUCGACCCGAACGGGCGGACGCCGAGCAGCGCCGUCGCCGUGACGAACGUCGAGGUCUACUGCCUCUCCAAGCAGGCCCUCGCCGACGUCGAGCUCCUCUUCGACCUGCCGGUCGUCAACUACCUCAACGAGAGCCUCAUGCUCAACAACCCGCCGCACAAGAAGCUCGGGUCCUACUACCGGAACCGGCGGGCGUGGCAGGACGCCAAGGGCCGCGUCCUGCGCAAGGUCAUGUCGGGCAAGUGGCUCGCGGCGCGCGCGGCGGGCGACGCGGCGCGCCGCGCGGAGCGCGCGGCGCGCGACCGCGGCCGCGACCGCGGCGGCGGCGGCCACCGGGCGCUCCGGCGGGCGGCGAGCGAGGCCGGCGACGGCGGCGACGGCGGCGACGAGCAGCUCUGGACGAAGCGGCCGCCGGCCGCGCGGCGUUCGCCCGCCGGCUCGCUGCUCGGCGAGCUGCCCGCGUCGCCCGAGGGCUCCGUCGCGUCGACGCUGUCCGGCGCGGCCGGGAGCCGGCGGCGGACCAAGGUCGAGGACUACGACCGGGAGGCGCCGUCGCGCAAGUCCAUCAAGCAGCGCGGCUCGCUCCGCCCCGCGCUCCACCUCGGCCGCCGCGCGGGGCCCCGGAGCCCCGGCGGCGGCGGCGAGUCCGCGUCGACGUCGUCGCUCGAGAGCGCCGCGGCCCGGCCGGGCGACGGCGCCGCCGCGGCGGACCGCGCGAGCCUGGGCACCAAGGCCCAGCUCGACGCGAAGCUCCGCCGCGCCGAGGCCGCCGAGGCCGCGAAGCGCGGCGCCGCGGGGCGCCGCCGCCGGUCCGGGGCGCUGCCCGAGCUCGACCGCCGCGCGACGGCGUCGUCGCCGGAGCCGCCGUCGGCGAAGAAGCGGACGAUCCUCAAGUAG